CGCACACGCACACACAUGCACGCACAUACUGUAGUUUCAUCUACAGUGGGGUUUUAAGGGUUUUGGUCAAACAGCUUUACAAUGAAAUUCACUUCUAAUCUUAUUUACUUGUCUCUGUAAUGCCUUUUUAUUGUCAGUAAAUGGCUUCACUAUUCCUCUCUUUUCUUCAUUUCACUCUAAUCUUGAUCCUCUUUUCAUACCCGAGCUUCUUCUUGUACCCAGCCUUUACUGUCUCGGCUUCGUAUGAUGAAUACUCCACAACCCACUUCGAUUUUAGUCUUUUCCACCAGGAUUACUCACCGCCGGCGCCGCCACCUCCUCCUCCGCGGCACUCUCCUUCACUUUCAUGCAAGGACGACCUUGGCGGAAUCGGCUCAAUCGACACCACUUGUGAAAUAGUCUCCAAUUUGAAUCUAACACGAAACGUAUACAUAGAAGGGAAGGGCGAUUUUUAUAUCCUUCCCAAUAUUAAUAUAAAUUGUUCGUUUUCCGGAUGUGAAUUCGCUAUAAAUAUUACUGGUAGUUUCAGUUUAGGUGAAAAUGCUUCGAUUUUGGCUGGGACGUUUGAGCUCGUAGCCAGUAAUGCAAGUUUUGGUAAUGGGUCUACUGUUAAUACCACGGGUUUAGCAGGGUCGCCACCGCCGGAGACGAGUGGAACCCCACAGGGGGUAGAGGGGGGUGGUGGUGGGUAUGGGGGAAGAGGGGCAAGUUGUUUGCUUGAUAAGAAGAAGCUUCCGGAGGAUGUAUGGGGAGGGGAUGCGUAUUCAUGGUCAACAUUGCAGAGGCCGUGGAGUUAUGGGAGUAAAGGUGGGACGACCAGCAAGGAGGUGGAUUAUGGCGGUGGUGGUGGUGGGCGGAUAAUGUUGGUGGUAGAUAGGUUUCUUGAUGUUAAUGGGAGUUUGCUGGUUGAUGGAGGUGAUGGGGGUACCAAAGGUGGAGGUGGGUCUGGUGGCAGUAUCUUUAUUAAGGCUUAUAAGAUGACUGGAAUUGGUUGGAUCAGUGCUUGUGGAGGCAGUGGUUUUGCUGGCGGGGGUGGUGGAAGAGUUUCUGUUGAUGUUUUUAGCCUGCAUGAUGACCCAAAUAUCUUUGUUCAUGGUAGGACUGGUUACGUGCUUUGCUGCUGUUUCAAGUUUGGUUUAUAG